UUUGAUUCGGAUUAUUCGAAUUUUAAUGAUGAUGUAUUUGCAAGGUUCGUCACUGAUAAUAAUUUAAAUGUUCCUUUCUGAAAAACAUAUAGUUCUUUUAGAACGUCUUUAUUAUUCUUCGAACUGAAAUGUAUCUGUUCCAUAUAGUUCUCUUGGCUUCGAUUUUACAAAUUGCGAUCGGUAAAAAUGAAGAAAAAGUGGCGAAGGAACAGAAACUGCGAUACAAGAGGGCAUUUUAUGAUACCAUAUCUUCUGAAGAAGAAUAUCAUGAUUAUUUCAACCCUCUCGAAUUUCUGCACAGAAAUUUCCAUAAGAUAAAGGAAAAAAACAUCAGUAAAAGUGUAACAGAUAGAGAAAACCAAAACAAGAAUUCGGAACAUCAGAAACAAGAACUGCAAAAUCUUAUAAAAAAAAUAUCUGGAAAUAAAACGAUAAACAUAGUUAAUUCGAACGACGAGUUAGAUAACAGCGAAGAACAAAAGUUGAAGGAGAAUGAGGGUGACAGAAGCAUAUCCCCAAGAAAUUUUCCAAUUUUUCUGAGACUGAACGAAGGAGAGGUUUUGAAAAUGAAAAAAAUGCAACCGACAAGUACUAAAGAAUACGAAGAAGAUAAUAGAAAUAAUAAAAUGAGAAAAAACAAAAAAGGUAAAUCGAUAGCAGGUUAUAACAAUCUUCCCCAUGAUAAAACCACUCUAAAAAACACUGGUGCUAGAGAAGAAAACAAUAAAAAACACAACAAAGCUAACAAAACUAACAAAAAUACAAGUCCUCAGCGAAAAACUCCUGUAAAUUUUGAAAAUAAAGAAGACACAAAGAUAAUUUCGGAUAAACCUCAAAAGAAAAAUGGUGUAACAAAACCAACAAAGAAAACUCUGUUUAAACAUAAUGGACAAGAAAAAUUCAAAGUACAAACUACAAGGCCAAGUUUCGAAAAAGAUAUAAAAUCCGGUAAUAAACACAAAAAAACAGAACAAAAAUAUCGAAAUCCUAUAAGAAACAAAAAUACCGCUGAUAUAAAUAUAAAUCAGGAGAAAGGGUAUUCAGAAGAUUAUUACUACGAUGAUUAUGGACUGAUAGAAGAAUCAGAAGAAUAUGAGGAUAUGGAAAUUAAUGAAAGCUCAUCUGAGGAAAAUCAAAGUGACGUAAGUGGAGAUUACUCAAGCAGUGAAUAUGAAGAUAGUAUUGAAGAUGAUUCAAGUGAUCCCGAAGCCAGAAAUGCGAUAGAUUCAAACGAAACUGAUGAAGAUGAAGAUAGUGAUUCAGAAGAAAUUGAUGAUGAUUACUCUGAAGAAAAAUCUGAUGAAAAGCGUGGACCUCAACUAGUACAAGAUGCAAGUGAACUUCCUCCCACGCUUCUUGAAUUUAACAACAACAACCAUGAGCUGCAGACAUCAUGUGACCACACUUGGACUUACUACGAUAAACCCCUAAGGAUGUUAGAGAAAAAAAAUUCAAAAUACAGAAGUAAUUCUUUAGAGGGAUCUUCCUGGAAGGGUUUAAAACCAAGAGAAGGAAACCUUUUGGAUCUGUUGGGAAAUUUCUGUGGAAGUUUAGCAGUGUGCACUAAUGGUAGUACGUUAUCUAUGUCACCAUGGGUACCUCUUCUACUGAAGAAGGGUACUGAAGUGGAAAGAUUUUUGAGUAUACGAUGUGGUGUUACCCUUAUCUCGAAGAGCCACGCUAUAACUUCUGCGAAAUGUGUUUUGAAAGCCAAUACCGAUCCCUUAUACAUAAUAUUUGGUAAUUUCGAUUUUGAGAAUGCCGACAAAGAUGGUAUUCUUCGUGUGGUUGAGACAAUAGCUUUAGCUGGAGAAGAUUUGAGUUUGGCAGUUUUGACCUUCAAGGAACUUACACUCCAUGACCAGAUAAGGCCAAUUUGUAUCUCUUCGUCUGAAGAUUCGUUUGAAGAAAACACACGAACGGCCACUGUUGUGUGGAAUUGGACGCUUGAACAUUCUAAUAAAACUGAAGAUUUUAUAUAUGAGAAUUUUUGUGCACUGACGAAAAGGAGUGAUAAGAAAAUGUCUGAUUUGUUACCAGCGAAAAAAGUUUGUCCACAGGCAAACGGCAUAGCAUCACCUAUUUGUAUGAGGACAAAACCAGAAGCAUUAUGGAGUGCUGACGACACCAUUCCAGGUUUGCCACUACUGUACGAAUACCAAAAUACAUGGUUUUUGAAAGGAAUAACGUUAGAUGAAACAACUAAUGAGUCCACUAAGAAAGUUCAAAAGAAACAAAUAAGGAGGAUCAAAUUUGAGAGUAUCGAUCGAUUUAUUGACGAUAUAAAUAAGAUAAUUACUCAGGUUGUGUAAUCUGAAAUCAAUCAAUUGUAUUAAAUAUUUUCAGGAAGUCUUAAUAUAUAUAAAUCUCAAUAUUCAGCACAUAAUGGAUUAGAUAAGUUUAGAUUUGGAAUAAAUAGUAUCCCAGUUCCU